AUGGUCGUGGGUGGCUGUGACCUUUAUACGACAAAGGCCGCAAGUGGUGAUAAGAAGCUAUACAAGAACAUUGAAACCUCUUUGGAAUCGCAGUAUGAAUCGCUCUUACGACUCUCUGCCUCGCUUUCACCACCAAAUGCAUCCUCCGCAGCAAUGUCACUCAAUCUCUCGCGUUCCAGCCCAUUUGGACCCUUGAGUGAGCACUCCAGCCGCAGAACUUACGCUUAUCUUAUCGCUACACUUAAUGCGAGCCACCCGGACUAUGACUUUUCGCACGUCCUGCGGCCUUCUGAUUUCCAUAGAGAGAAGAACUUGCGGAGGGUCAUGGAUACCAUCGAUACAACCCUGUUUAACCUCCGCCCGCAGCUGGCUCGCGAUGUCACGCCACCUACCCCAGCCUCGUCCUCUCCCCACAUGUCGGCAACUACCCAUUCAUGGGGUCCUAGAAUGUGGAGGAUUAUCGAUAAUCAAAUGUCCCUCAAAGAAUGCAGUGUAUACUGCUAUAGCCCGGACGAAGACCCAUAUGAUGGCGAAGAGGGCACCAUCUGGAGCCUUAACUAUUUCUUCUUCAACAAGGUUAGGAAGCGUGUCUGCUACAUCUACCUGCGUGGCAUUAGCGUCCUAAGCCAGCUACCAGCCGAUGGAACAGCAACUCCAGUCCCCGGAAAGCGUAACGUUGAUGAUGACGGCUACGUCUCCCAUGAUACGGGCGCCAGAAAACGCGCCAAGUUUUGGUUCGGUGAUGGCGCACAUGAUGAGAUUGAUGAAUUUAGCGCCGACGAAGAAGAAAGGCAACCAUCUCAACCCGCCCGCCCAGUUGUGGAUGAAUUUGACAACUAUAUCCUCAGUGAUGAUGAUCUACGCUCGCAGUCUGGUAGUAAACCUACCGUCCGUGCUCUGAGUGAAGAAAUUGCCGACUCUAUGGAAGUGUAA